CCAAUAGUGCACAUUGCCCUGUGCUUGCUCACUCUUAUUGGUCGUUCUACCAGCAACCCGGCAACGGAAAUAGACAAUCCGCCAUUUUGGGAGUUUUUCGUUGGUGUACGAAGCGGUGUGGUCUUUGAUUAUCAAAUAUUUUGAUUUAUUCUAGGGCUUGAAGCAACGCUCCACCAUGGAGUCGUUGAACACGAACCUUCUGAGCCAGUCGCUGAAUUUCAAUGGACAGCAAAUGCAAAAGUUGUGGGAGGCUGAAUACGGCGAGAAUGAUUUGCACCGUAGGAACGUCAAGGAUGUUAACUUCCAAGUGUACAGCGAGAGACAGAAGCAUUUGUCUUUCCAGGAUCGAGGAAAACGACUCAAACUCCAGCAGUUUGUCGUCAAGAAAGCAAACAUGUUGUUUGCGACUGAAGCUUCCGAUUUUGAGUAUAAACCUGACGAGGGGCCCGUUAGUGAGGACACGUACGCGAUCAUGCCCCCAUUUGAGACGUUUCUUAAUGUUGACAAGCAGCAAAGGCUCAAAUAUUUCUUUAAGAGCGUGAAGGUGGGCGAUCUGAUUAUCGGGACUAUUGUAAGCAAAACGCAGUCUGGGAUGAUGCUUAAGGUCUUGUGCACCGCAGGGCCUGGGCCCAAUAUCAUCUAUGCCGCCGAUAUCAAUGUAAAGGCCUUCUGCCCGGUGGCAAAUAUAAUACCGGCGGUUGAUAAGAAGGGCAUAACUCGCAGCUACAUGAUGAAUGAUUCAGUUUGCUGCGAAGUGAUUGAAAAGAUUCCAGACUCGGAUAAGAUGGUUUGUUGCAUGAAGGGCACACCCAGAAAACCAAACGACCCAGAACGUCGUCCACCGUUGGGAUUAAUCAGUGCUGACGAUUUUCCCUUGGCUUAUAAGAAAGCUUUGGAUCACAAGAAUGAAAACUAUGACACAGUCCUAGAAAAGAGCAUUGGUUUCAACAAUCCGAAUAACAUUUCGUAUUUGGCGGGAGUUGUGGGAAUCAAAGAUCAUUGCACGCUCAUGAAGGGACUAAAGGGGCGAUUUGCCGAAAAUGAAUACGCGAAUGAACUGCGUCAAGUUCAAGCGAGCAAAUGGGCGUAUCGUAACGUAGCCGAUGGUAUUGACCAUUUCAAAGCUGGCAAACAUGUCGAAGCUUUCCAAUGUCUAAACAAAGCAUUAAACAUUGAUCCUAAGAACGUAGAAGGUCUGGUAGCACGUGGCGCUUUAUAUGCCAACAGCGGCAAUUUUCAAAAAGCCAUCGCCGACUUUGAAACCGCUCUCAAACUAAACCCAAACCACGGCAAUGCUCGUAAGUAUAUGGGCGAAACGCUUGUAGCACUCGGUCGAAGUUACGAAGAAGAAGAUAAAAUCGAAGAAGCGAGAAAAUCAUACCAGAGUUGCCUAAGUUUGAUACCUAAUCACGAAGAAGCCCAAAAUUCUUUAAAGUUUUUGAAGAAUAAAACUUCCGCAACAAAGAAUCUAAUAGAACCGACCGAAUUGUUACUACCAAAUUUGUCGACUGCGUCGAAAACAGCCGAUGUAAAUGAUGCACUGAAACAAUUGUUGAAAAAUGAAGACGAGGAGAAGAAAGAUAAGAAAAAGAAAAAGAAGAGCAAAAAACGAAAGAACCGUCGACAUUCGAGUUCUAGUUCCAGUUCAAGUUCGUCGGGAAGCAACGACAGUUCGAGCAGCUCAUCGUCGAGUUCUAGCGACUCGAGUUCAAGUUCCGGCGAUAGCGAUUUCAAAAAACGCAAGAAACAUCGUUCUCGAUCACACCGUCGCGAGAAACAAAGUUCCUUAAGUCCAUUAAGUAAACGAAUGGCUAUGAUGGAUCAAUCGCACGAUACCCCUAAUACUUACACGUUUAAUAAGCCGGCGGCUACCAGUGCCAUGUUCGAUUUUAAUCUCGAACAACCGAGCGAAACUCAAAAACCUGCAGAUUUAAGUUACGAACAGAGAUUGAGAAUGUUCUUACAAGAGACUAAAGGUGAUUCCGAUUAUGAGGAAAAGGUAAGGAAAUUUUUAGAGGAGAGUUCAAAGUGGAAGAAGGAGAAACGCAGCGAUGAGAAGAAGAAGAAACGUAAGAAGGACAGAAAGAACAAGAAGGAUAGUAAAAAGAAGAAGAAGGAGAAGAAAUUGAAACGGAAAGGCUUCGAUUUGAGCGAGUUCGAGGAUCACAAAAAGUUGAGAGACGCAAUUAAAAAGGAGUUGAGUAAGGGGAAAAAGUCGAAGAAGCACAGUAUACCAUCGGACGAUGAUGAGUACUUCUUGCAAAAGGCGGGAUAUACCAAGCGGUUUAUCGAUAGCUUACCUGAUUUGGAAGAGCUAGAGUCAAAAUUGAAUGCCUACUAUGCAAUGGAAAAAGAAUCGAAGAGAAGUGAACUGAGCGAGAGUCCCAAGCGCGGUCUUCUUGACUCACCUUCGCCCACGCGCGAGCAGAAAGCCCGUCAGGCGGUGGCCGAAGCCGCCGCCACCGCCGGUUCUGCUAACAAAUGGAAAAUGCAAGUCGCUUCCCAACCGCCUCCAUCUACGAGCGGUUCUCGUUUCAAAAAGAAACCGGAUCGUGAAGAAUGGAAAGAGGAACAGCAACAACAACAGAUGAUGGAUAAACGUGGCGGUGGUGGUGGUGGUGGUAUGGCGUCAGGUGGAAAAAAUAAUAAUUUCGAAGAAUCAGUUCGAAAGAAUCAACAAGCUCCCGUGCCUCCGCCUGAGAAAAAUAUGAGCGUACGCAAGGCGAUGGCAAUGAAGGAACCGCCGCCACCAAAACGACCCGAUUCGCCGAAAAACAAACCGAAGUUAUUGCCGCCUAUACCGGCGGUUAAUCCGCUCGUGAACCCGGGACAGGUGGUUCUGGACAAGUUCGGUAAUUUCAGGUUGAUGACGCCGCCGGAGUUGAAGAAGGGACGAGAUGAUAUGCCGCCGUUACCACCAGGUGCUCCUCCUAAAGGACCUGCCGCAGGUCGCCGUCCGCCCGAGCCGCCAGGUCGCCCCCGUUCCGACAGCCGUUCGCCGAAGCGUCAUAGCAGAUCCCGCUCUCGCCGCACUCGUUCGUCGAGCGCCUCUCGUUCUAGAUCCCGCAGUUACCGGAGCCGUUCCCGGUCGUAUUAUAGCCGUUCCAGGUCACGUUCCGGUUCUUACUAUUCUAGAAGUCGUUCCCGCUCACGUAGCUACUCUGGAGACCGUCGUCGGUACAGACGUGGCGGUUUCAGAGGCCGGUACAACGACCGAGGAACUUACUACAAGCCUCGCUUCCAGAAUCCUCGCAACAACAUCCGAGGCAGAGGAGGCGGUGGCGGCGGUGGCGGUUACUAUAACCGCGAUGGCAGGUAUAACGAUAGGGAGUACAGAGGGCGUGGUAGGCCGUAUAAUAACUAUAACAACAGAGGGGGAAGAAGACCGAGAGGUAGAUACCAAAGAGGCGGCUACAGAGAGUAUAGAGAUAGGAGGGAUUAUAGAAGUAGAUCGAGGGAUAGGAGUAGGUCUAUGAGCGGAAGCCGAGAUAGGGACUCGGACGAGGCGAUGAAAAAGGCGGCGAAUGCAGAAAAGGAUAAUAAGGUUAACAAGUACGCGGACAACGAAGGAGAGCAAAUAAGGCAUGAAGGACCGUUGUCAGAAGGAGAAGACAGAGAUGACUAUACAUCGAACGAGAAGUUUGUGGAUAGAGAGGCGUUCGGCGGGAAGUGGGCAGAAAAGGAAGAAGGUGGAGGACAGGAUAAUGGUGGUGGAGGAGAUGGAGAUGGCGCGAAAGUGGACAAGACUAACAUUCCGUCGGAAAGUAACAUCGAAGAGAUGGAUAAAUUUCUGACUAAAGUUAAGAAAGAUAAGAAGGAAGAGAUGUUGGAAAGAAAUAAAGACUUGCUGAAGAAUAAGUCUUAAUUAGUUUUGUGUUGUAUAGAUACUUUAAAUGUUUAAUUAUUAGAUUGAGCUUUUUUUCUUUGAUUUGUUUUAGUCUUCAUGAUGCUAAAUGUGUUUCUACUGUGUACUGAUUUAUUCUUAAUCCACAAUAAAUGUAAUCAGUUCAAAUAA